AGACUUAACGUUACCGCUACUACAGUAACGUUAAGGUAACGUUACUUGCUUUACUUAAGAUCUGAACAGUUCUCAAAAACUGUCGUUGGACGCUUCAUCCUGCUGUUGGAAUGUCUCUGUUUCUUGUGAACAGGUAUCUUGGAGAGGAGGAUGACGGAAGUGUUUCCAAGGAGUCUCGCUCUCAGGCGCUAUUGGCUAAACUGCAGCAGAAGGUGAAAGAGAAGCAGAAACAGAGUUUGACAGAACAGAGACAACACCCUCCCAAAGAGCAGACAGAACAGCAGGACACCAGAAGGAAAAGAAAAGCAGAGGAAGACAGCAGGCAAGAACUUCAGCACCCUAAAAAGAGGAAAUCAGAAGCGGUGACUGUGUUGGUCUCUGAAUCUGAUAACAAUGACGAGCCUGUCCGAGAGAAAAAGAAAAACAAGAAAGGUGCAACUGAGAAGAAGAAGAAGGAUCCGUCUAAAUGUAAAGGUCUUUCAGAGGAGGAGACAGGAGGAGAAGAAGGGGAAACAGAGACAGAAAAUGUCUCCACAGGGAAGACUCCUGCUCCAGCUGGAUUCACAGUUCUGGGAGGAUUUGAGAACAAACCUGUCCAAAAGGUCCACAGAGUCCUGCCUCAGUGGCUCGCUCAGCCUGAUCUGAUUCAUAGAGACAUUAAAAGCAACCUGAUCCCCAUCUCUGACCUGCCAGGACUUUCUGCUCAGCUCGUGAAAAAACUCCAGAAUAAUGGAAUUCUGCACCUUUUCCCAGUGCAAGCGGAGGUCAUCCCAGCCAUCUUGGAGAGCGCACAGCAGGGGCUGCUGAUUGGACGAGGCGGUUACAAGCCCAGAGACAUUUGUGUGUCUGCGCCAACAGGCAGUGGCAAGACUCUUGCAUUUGUCAUACCUGUCAUACAGGUGCUGAGUGAGCGAGUGGUGUGUGAAGUCCGGGCUCUGGCUGUGCUGCCGACCAAAGAGCUCGCCCAGCAGGUUUGCAAAGUGUUCACAUCAUAUGCUGAGGGAACCUCUCUGAAGGUGGUGAUGCUGGCUGGUCAGAAGUCCUUUGCUGCAGAGCAGGCUUCACUCUCUGAACACAGAGGGGGAUUGAGACGCAGUUUAGCAGACAUUGUUGUGGCCACUCCAGGUCGACUGGUUGAUCACAUCAACAAGAAUUCAGGUUUUUGUCUGGAACACCUCAGAUUUCUUAUUAUUGAUGAGGCUGACAGGAUGAUUGACAGUAUGCACCAGUCUUGGCUCAGUCACGUGGUGAAGGCGGUGUACAAAUCAGGAGGUGGGCCAGAUGCCAUGUCCAUCUGCAGGCGGACCGAGCCAGCCUAUGUCACAGCUGCCAGUCUGUCUCCACCUCAGAUGCCGCUGCAGAAGCUGCUGUUUUCUGCCACGCUUACACAGAACCCAGAAAAGCUGCAGCAGCUGGGCCUCCACCAGCCCCGCCUCUUCAGCUCCAUCCACGGCCACUCUAGCACCACACCAGCAGCUCCCACCCACAGACAAGACCGCUUCGACUUCCCCCAAGGUCUGACGGAGUAUUACGUGCCCUGUACAUUAAGCAAAAAGCCCCUCCUCAUCCUCCACUUCAUCCUGCGCAUGAAACUCAGCCCCAUCCUCUGUUUCACCAACUCCAGGGAGACUGCACACAGACUUUACCUGCUGGUGCAGCUCUUUGGUGGACUCAAGGCGGCGGAGUUCUCCUCCCGUCUCUCUCCUGGUGAGAGGAAGAAUACGCUGAAGGAAUUUGAACAAGGAAAGAUCCAACUGUUGAUCAGCACAGACGCAGCAGCCAGAGGCAUCGACAUCAACGAGGUCAAAUGUGUUGUGAAUUAUGAUGCACCACAGUACAUCAGGACGUACAUUCACAGAAUUGGAAGAACAGCAAGAGCAGGGAAAGCAGGCCUGGCCUUCACCUUUCUGCUGGGAGUCCAGGAGAAGAACUUCCUUCAGAUGGUGGUGGAAGCAGGAAGCCCCGGGAUUCAAAAGCAGAUCGUCAAACCCGAGAACCUGAAGGGUAUGGAAGCCCGGUAUGAAGAAACACUGCAGGAGCUGGCUAACGUUAUCAAGGAUGAGAAAGCCUAGUGAUGGAGCAACAUGACAUCCUGCUGUGAGGCGUCACCUGCGCCUUGUAAAGACCAUGUUGUAUUUUUCAGUUGUAUUUGGACUGAUGUUAUUUAAUAAAACAUCAGAUGUA